AUGAGGGGGAAACGGUCAAAGCAAUAUAGGAAGCUCAUGCAGCAGUAUGGGCUGAAUUUUGGAUUCCGCGAACCAUACCAAGUGCUCGUCGAUGCAGAUAUUCUCAGAGAUGCAGACAAAUUCAAGAUGGACCUCGUGGGGGGGCUAGAGCGAACCCUUCAUGGCCAAGUCAAGCCGAGCUCAGUGAUAACGCAAUGCUCGAUGCGACACCUCUACGCCGCUGCCACUGAACCAGGCGUCUCAUAUCUUAUCGACAAAGCAAAGACCUACGAACGACGACGAUGCGGCCACCAUCCAGACGACCACCCCACCCCGCUCAGCGCGAAAGAAUGUCUGGCCUCGGUAGUUGAUCCCAAGGACAGUAAGACGAAUAAACACAGAUAUGUGGUAGCCAGUCAGGAGCAAGAAGUUAGAAAGCACAUGCGAGGUGUUCUGGGUGUGCCUCUGAUAUAUAUCAAUAGAAGUGUAAUGAUUAUGGAGCCUAUGGCGGGAGCAACGUCUGAAAACAGGGACAGGGAAGAGCGCGGGAAAUUUAGGGCCGGUCUUAAGAGGGGAAGUGGGAGUUUGAAGAGAAAGAGGGAGGACAACGAUAAUGGGGAAGUCGAAGGCCAUGAUGAAGGUGGUAAACCCCGAAAGAAGACAGUCAAGGGUCCGAAAGGUCCAAAUCCUCUGUCUGUGAAGAAGGCCAAGAAGAGGUCAACUGAAGAAGACGCAACUCGUUGGGAGGAUAUCAAAAUGGAAGCACCAGGUGAAGGGUCUGCAGAGCAAAAAGAUGCGGACUCAGGAGUCAAACGGAAAAGAAGACGGAAGCACAAGUCUGGCGCCAAUGGGGAAGAGGCUGGCGAGGCAGAGCCUGUGCUCGAAGUAGAAUAA